UACACGCACUGAGAUGACGGCCACGCGCCGUGACGUAGGCGGAAGUACUGCGAACGCGCUCGGACUGCGAGAGGAGCUGUUGUUAAUGUCGGGCUGUCUGGUAGGGAUUCGUUAAAUGGGCAGGAUGACCCAGAAGCAUUACCUGGAGGGCCAGGUGUACUCUGUGCCCCUCAUCCAGCCAGACCUGCGGCGUGAGGAGGCCAUUCACCAGAUCGCCGAUGCCUUGCAGUACCUGGAGAAAAUCUCAACUGACAUCUUCAGCAGGGUGUCCCAAAGCGUGGAGCAGAACCGCUGCCACCUACAGGCCGUCACAGAGCGCAUCAAGUUGGCCCAGGCUCGCGUGGACAAGAUCAAAGGCAGUAAGAAGGCAACCAAGGUGUUUUCCAGUGCCAAGUACCCGGCACCAGAGAAGCUGCAGGAAUAUUCCUCCAUCUUUGUGGAUGUCACCGACCCUGCGUCCCAGAAGCGCCCCCGCUACAAGGUCCAGAGCAAGCACCGCCCCCUGGACCAGAAGGCUUUGCAGGAGAAGUUAAUGUACCUCCCCGUGUGCGUCAACACCAAGAAGUCCCUGGAGGACGAUGCCGAGGAAGGGUUAGGGAGCCUGCCCAGGAACGUCAACUCUGUCAGCUCUCUGCUGCUCUUCAACACCACCGAGAACCUCUAUAAGAAGUACGUGUUCCUGGACCCUCUGGCGGGUGCGGUGACCAAGACGCACACCACCCUGGAGACGGAGAAGGAGGAGAAGCCCUUUGAUGCCCCCCUGUCCAUGACCAAGAGGGAGCAACUGGAGAAGCAAACAGCAGAGAGCUACUUCUAUGUGCCGGACCUGGGCCAGGUUCCCGAGAUCGACGUGCCCUCCUACCUGCCCGACUUGCCGGGCAUCGCCGACGACCUCAUGUACAGCGCUGACCUGGGCCCGGGAUUCGCACCCUCCGUGCCCGCCAGUGCCACCAUGCCGGAGCUGCCGUCCUUCAGCGGCAAGCCGGAGACGACAGACGGGCAGGGGUUGCAGUCAAGAGCUGAAGUGCCGCCCCCGCCCCCUCCUCCGCCCCCACCCCCGCCUCCCGAGAACCCGGUUAGCUCCCCCCCGCCUCCCGGCGCUCCACCUGCCCCUCCUCCGCCCCCGCCCCCUCCAACUGACACACCAAAUGCCACCGGUGAUGCAGACGUUGGGUCCCAGCCCACGGCAGUGCUGAAGGGGGCGCCCUCGGAGGUGGUGCAGCCCUCGGACGGUCGGGCCAGUCUGCUGGAGUCCAUCCGCAAGGCAGGCGGUAUUGGCAAGGCCAAGCUGCGCAACGUCAAGGAGCGGAAGAUGGAGAAGAAGAAGCAGAAAGAAAAGGAGCAAGUGGGAGCGACCACCAGCGGAGGAGACUUCAUGUCCGAUCUUUUCAACAAGCUGGCCAUGCGGAGGAAAGGUAUCUCCGGUAAAGGCCCCACCGGGGACGGGGCAGACGCUGCUGCCAGCUCGGGCAGCGCCUUCGCCCGCAUCUCGGACGUCAUCCCUCCUCUCCCAGCACCCCAGCAGCCGCCUGCCGAUGAUGAGGAUGACUGGGAGGCGUGACCGUGGAUGCCCCGCCUCCUGACGGACCGGCAUGGACAGCCAUCAACACUACGCGCUCUGACGAGGGUGCAGACUGUUGUCAUUGACAGACAAAUAUAGUGUCCAGGCAGAUUAAUAAUGAAAUGACCAAAAAACUCUUAAUGACUUUUACUGAACACUGUGUGUCUCCUUCAUUGUAAGCUGGGUCCAUGCUGUUUGAAUUGCAUCAUUUUAAGUGCUUGAGAAAAUGCUGAAAUGUUCUGAAGCUGACUAGUCGUCUUUGCACCCCUGCGACAGCGUGUCAGGAAGGAAUCUCUCCGUCAUGAGUAAGCAGCCUUUUACCCACUAACAUUUUACUGUGACACAUCUUUUCCACUCGACCAUAACAUUUUAUGUACAAACAGGGUAACAAAAUCGCUUUAUAGGCCUGUAAAACCAGAUCGUUUUUUUAGCAACGUUUGAGCAUUAAAGUUUACUUUGCCUGGUCCCAGUCUGAGGGCCAGGCUGUGUGGAACAGAGUGGCCAGUCAGAGUGAAUGGUGCCAACUGCAGAGUGAACAGCGCCACCCGGUGCACCACACCACUGUCGCACCCAAAGUGGAAAUAUUAGCUAGUCGUGGCCUCUUUGCAGGAUUAGCACAUGGUUAGAAAUGCGAAUUGGUCACGGAGGAAGGUUCUAGAGUGGCGGUAUGAUUCUGUCUAUUUGUGGCCUUGCUUCUUGCUUGCCCGUAGAGCAGUGGACUUAAUGAUUCUUGGCAGAAACACUUGAGGAAACAGCACUUCAGAGACACGACGAGCGAGCGUGAGCUCCCAGACGGACAGGUCACUUAUCUAUGAGCGCGGCACGCGGCGUGCCUGGCCAUGAUAGUCACUGCAGUUAUGUAGGACACACUGAUAAACGAUCGUCAAAGCACAGCUGAGCAUGUGGGAAAGUCAGAGGGGGGGGGGGGGGGAUUGUGCAGCCGUGGAGCGUUUGGGUGCAUGAGAGCGCACAUCCCGCCGCUGGGAACCCACACGCUGAAGGUCGCAGGCGCGGCAUCCCGCCAGAACACCCAACAGCAAGCUCUGCUCCCCCGGAAGUCACACGUCAGCAGAGUUGGGGGAAUCCACUGGAUCCAGUGGGAGUAACUUAUUCGGCGAGAGCUCAGAGGGAGCCUGAAUCCUGAAGCAGAAGUUGAAGGGAUGUGUAAAAAUAUGGCUCUGGUGGUGGCUGGGUGCACCAUGCACUGGAUUAACCCACCCAGUGACUGCCAAGCCAUAACUAAUGGAGCGCCUAUCGCAGCUCUCCAUCUUCCGCUCCUCAUAGGCAUUUCUGUCCAAGCUAAUCCUCACUAUCAUUUGCUGGACACUUACAGAUAAGGAGAAAUAAACCCAGAGUAAACAGA